CGUGUAUUGCUCGAAGAUGGUUGUUGCAUAUACAUGCAAGAAGUUCACACUGUCUAUGGUCAUACUGACGGCUACACAACUGGUGCUGUGCGGAGAUGAAGUGCCACCAAAACCAACUGCACUAGUGUCAACUCCUGUUGUAAGAUGGCCCGCUGCGCACAACAGACAAAUUGCUGCUUAUUCUCCAACUGGAGUAGUCCACGUUUAUACGAUCAUCAGGGAGAAAGCAACUAUUAAUAGAACAAUGGUAGAUCAGGAAAAGAUGGCUGCCUUUCAAGCCCACCUAAGGGAGAGAAUACAAUGGGAUGAUGAGGAACCACCAGGUGGAUGGACUGAUCUUUCAAAGUUGAAUAUAACUAAGAAACAGGGUUCGGGCACGGGCACAAAUCAGAAAAGGAGUGCGGUGCUUUCUCUUGAUGAGAAUGGUAAAGCUUGGAUAGAGAAAAGGAAAGCAGAAGGUGAAAAGCAUUUCAAAACCGUGUACGGUUACCUUAAGUUUAUUCCAAAACCGGGUAGUGAAGCAGAAAAAGAGUUUGCUAAACGGGCAGCUCCAUUUAUGGAACAAAUCAAUAAAGAACUUGCAGACGAAAACGCGCCAUGGAUGCAGGAAGUGAUGGAUAGUCCUUUCGUUCGCUUUGAUUGAGCCGUUGUAAAGUUAUAAAGAGAGGAAAUGAGCGUUGAAAAAUAUUUUGUUUGGGC